AUGCCUACCGGAGAAGGCGACGACGUCGAGAUCGGUGGAAUAGGAGGAGCAGGAGGUCAUCCGCCGGUCCCAGAAAUACGAGCGGCAGUGGUUCCGGAAAUAACCAUACACUCGGUCGACGAGACGAAUCGCGAUAGCACUUAUCCCGCUUUGGAUCUACAAAAUGAUAAAUCUACGAGCAGCCCGACGACGCCAGUUCACGCGACCACUUCCGCUGACGAUGAUGAAGAUGCAACGAAUGCGGUCGUGUUCGCCGCUGGUAAUCACACCACUCCGACGGUGUCGUUUAGAAAAAGGCCCGUUUCGUUUGUGGCCAACAAUGCAAAAACGCCUCCGGCGAUCCAGCGGGCUGUCUCGCAUCCUGCAUCCAUCGGAGGUUUCUCGCAGCGAUCUUUUACCUCAACCAGUGCGGCGGAUCACAUGAUUCCACCCCCGUCGACGGCGGAGGAAAAGUCCAAAUUUACUCGUCGAUACCUGGCCGUCGUGACGGCCAUCAGUUACACACUGUUUCUCAUCGUGUUCGCUCUGAUCGUCUUCAUAACCGACGCCGUCGAAAACAACCUGCGCUAUCCGCUGGCGGAGGUGUUCGGGUUGUACAUGGUUUCCGUCGGGAUAGUGUAUUUCGUUUUUCUGUACGUCGAUAUCCGGUUGCAUGUGCGCAGGACAAAGCGAGCCAUUGCGGAGUUGGAACGACGACAGCAAGCGUACGACGAUAUGAUGUCCCGGACGGCGGCACAGUUCAACAACGGACCGCUUGCACUGAAUCCGAAUGCACCGCAGAAAAAUGUCGCUCACGAUUGGGAUCUUCCGCGGUUGGAUCCUAUUGCACACAAUUAUUGUUUUGUGAGUGGCCGCCAUGGGGAGUUUAUCUACCUGAAGCUGGGUGCUACUUGGUUCUGUUUCGGACUGUUGAUUCAUUCGGUUUUGCUGCUUUCCUACCAGGGGAUUCUGAUGAACAGUACCGACGGGAAGUGGUCAGCUUGUGCUUCGAACUCAACGAUCGCUUUGGAGGUGCUGUUCCUGUGUUACUGUCUGUUUUUGGUGUUUUUCUUUUGGAAGUAUGCCAACGUGGUCAUCAACCAUUACCGAGGGUUGGCACGGUUCGGAAUGAUGCAUGCCAUUGGAACUGCGUUGGCUUUUUGGAUUUAUACCAUCGUUCGUGAGACCCAUCUAGCGAUUCGUAUUAAGGAAUCGUAUAAGAUUGCUAAAGGAGCGGAUGGCAUUGAACACAGCGGGCUGGCCUUGAUGAUAUGCCCCGGACCGGAGGAUCUCAACACCAUUCUGACGACGUUCUCGCCGUAUUUGUAUCCGUUCGUGAUCGAAUUUAACAUCUUGAUCGUUGGAUUGCUGUAUAUGAUCUAUGCGAACAUUAAUCGCUGCCCGAAGAAGUUGUCCGUUAAAGGACAUGCCGGUCACGGCGGAUCAACCGACGGACACGUCGACAGUGUGAGCGUUUGCUCCGACGUUCAGGAUAAAUCGCUCGAUCAUGACACCUCGGUGAAGGAACGAAUGAUCGUUUACGGGGAUUGUCACGCUGCCAGUCGGGGUUUGUUUGCUGGACUGAUCCUGGUAGUGGCAACGAUCGUCGUCAUAAUUCUUUUUCACAUCGCUGCCAGGGAUGAUGAUUACCGUGACGUGGGAAUACUGAUCGACUCCAUCUACGAAAUUACGAUUCUCGCUAUCAUGACCUUUGCGGCGAUUCUGGGCUACUUCCAAACCACCAAACUGGACAUCAACCAGCAUCCGAUCUCACGGCUGGACGACGUGCUGCUGUUCAUCGCAAUUCCGGCUUUCUUUUCGGAAACUUUUUUCAGCAUGAUUCCGGCUUUCGAGAAUCAAUCCAUUCUCAAUGGGUUCAUAAUCUUCACCCAGUUGUUGCAGAUUCUAAUUCAGACCCCGUGGAUCAUUGACGCCUUAAGACGGUGCUCCAAUGCACCGGAAUUGCGCAAGCACAAACCGGGCCGAGAAUUGGUUACGUUCAUGACCAUCGCAAACGUAACGAAUUGGAUCUAUCUAUCGUUUUCCGUCAAAACGGGUGACUUUGGAGAUGAACGAUACGAAUUCUACGGCGACGUGCUGUGGUCUAUUUUGAACCACCUCUCGUUGCCCCUCAUCAUGUUCUACCGCUUCCACGCAUCGGUUUGCCUGGUCGAUAUCUGGCGGCACUCGUACGAGCCGGGAGAAUUCGCUCACUAA